GGGAAGACAGCGUUGGAUCUCGCCGCUGAGGCCUCUCAGAGCAGCAUCCUCGCUGACGUCUUCUAUGCAGCCGCCGAUCUGCAGGACGAGGAACUGUUACAGCUCGUGCUGAGGGUAGGAGGAGCCUGUCUUGCCUCAUCGGCUGACCGGGAGGGGAGGACGUGCGCUCACUGGGCCGCGAGGACUGGAAGACUCGACGUGCUGAAAACCCUCCUGAGCCACGGGGGCAUGGGAGCCGCUCGAGCAGCGGACUGUGAGGGUUUGACAUGCGCGCAUAUCGCCGCGGGCAGAGGAGACCUGGAGGCUCUUCGAAUGCUGCUGGACGUUGGAGGGGAUGCGAUCGUUCAUGAUGUGGAUCAGUUCAGCAGAACCCCAGCUCACCAUGCUGUAGUGUGCGAGAAAUUUGACACCCUCGAGCUGCUGCUGGAGAGUGGCGGGAGGGAGCUGGCGAUAGCAGCGGACAGGAAGGGCUUGACAUGCGCUCUGAUCGCAGCUGAAUGGGGAGAAGUGAAGGCGCUGGACAUGCUCAUCGAGGUGGGAGGCAGGGAGGUUGUGGAGGCGGCGGACGCUGACGGCCGGACCUGCGCCCACUGGGCUGCCUAUCGCGGUGACGUCCCGAUCCUCUCGAAGAUCGUCGACCUCGCCGGCCCUCAGGUCCUCCUCGCCCCUGACUGCGACGGCAAGACCUGCGCUCACUGGGCCAGCGACCGGGGAGAGUUCGGCACCUUCGACCUGCUGCUGGCUGCAGGCGGGAAGGCGCUGGCGACAGCGGCCGACCACAAGGGGAAGACCUGCGCGCACUGGGCGACGCAGAAGGGGAGCGUAGAGACGCUGAGGAGGCUGAUCGAGGUAGGAGGGAAGGAGGUAGCGACGGCGACAGACAAGGAGGGCAAGACUUGCGCCUACUGGAGCGUGUGGAUGGAGGACGAGGAGUCGAUGAAGCUGCUGAUCGAGACAGGGGGGCGGGAGGCGGUGAUGACGGCAGACGAGGAAGGAAAGACCUGCGCCCAUCUUGCAGCAGAGAGGGGGGCGACGGGGAUGCUGCGGCUGGCGCUUGCUGCGGGAGGGAGAGAGCUGGCGGUAGCGGCGGACAACUGGGGGUGUACUUGCGCUCACUGGGCGGCGUGGCGGGGGGAGGCGGAGGCACUAGGGGAGGUCCUCCUCGCCCCUGACUGCGACGGCAAGACCUGCGCCCACUGGGCCAGCGACCGGGGAGAGUUCGGCACCUUCGACCUGCUGCUGGCUGCAGGCGGGAAGGCGCUGGCGACAGCGGCCGACCACAAGGGGAAGACCUGCGCGCACUGGGCGACGCAGAAGGGGAGCGUAGAGACGCUGAGGAGGCUGAUCGAGGUAGGAGGGAAGGAGGUCGUGACGGCGACAGACAAGGAGGGCAAGACUUGCGCGCACUUUGCUGCGGAGCGGCGGGACGAGGAGUCGAUGAAGCUGCUGAUCGAGACAGGGGGGAGGGAGGCGGUGAUGACGGCAGACGAGGAAGGAAAGACCUGCGCCCAUCUUGCAGCAGAGAGGGGGGCGACGGGGAUGCUGCGGCUGGCGCUUGCUGCGGGAGGGAGAGAGCUGGCGGUAGCGGCGGACAACUGGGGGUGUACUUGCGCUCACUGGGCGGCGUGGCGGGGGGAGGCGGAGGCACUAGGGGAGGUACUGGAGGCAGGAGGAGAGGAAGCGGCGAGGGCAGCGGACAAGGAGGGGAAGACUUGCGCACAUUUCGCAGCGGAGAAGGGGAGUUUAGAGGGGAUGAAACUGGUGGUCCAAGCAGGAGGGGUAGAUGUCAUCCGUGCCGUCGACAAGGAGGGCAAGACAUGCCUGGCUGUCGCAGAGAGGGAGGAGAGGGAGGAGCUGGUUCAGUACCUCCGAGGACAACUUGCUGCAGCUGGGUUGAAGGAGAAAUGA